CUUAAGCUCAAGAGUUUGGCAUCCGAAUCGUGUCGGCUCAAUCGGUCCGAUGGCGCCUAGGCACACGAAGCUGUACGAUGUCAUGGGUGUGGCCCCGAAUGUCACGCAAGAGGAACUGAAGAAGGCGUACCGCCGCAAGGCUCUUCAGUUGCAUCCCGACAAGCGCGGCAACACGCCGGAAGCACAGGAGGAGUUCACCAUCAUGAAGUCCGCGUACGACAUCUUGAGCGACCCGAAGCAACGUGACAUCUACGACAUGAUGGGCGAAGACGGCGUGAAGCUCGUCCAUCAGUACGGUGACUUGCGCCCCGACGAGCUCCUUGUGGCAAUGCUGAACUCGCUCGCUCAGUCGGGGCCGUUGGGCAAGUGCAUCAUCUUUUCGUUCGUCGCCGUGUUCGUCGGGUUCUUCAUCCUCAUUCCCCUGUUCGUGUGUUUAAAGGUCGACCAGGACAUCGGGUGGUCGUGGUUGACCGUGUUCACGCCCAUGUGGAUCCUCGAUGGGAUCUUCUUGUGCUGCGUCGGAUGCUCAAUCUUUGAACAAGACCCUGACAUCCACCAAGACACUGAGCACCGCCCGUCACCGUUCGUGCGCAUCGUCCUCAAGCUUUUGCUCCUGCUCAAGGGCCUUGCCUUCGUUGGCUUCCAGCUCCUUGUCGCUAUGAAGCUCCAAGGCGGCAUUCCCAACAUCGACGUGCCCAUCGUGUUUGCACCGUAUUUUGUCCUGGAAGGAUUCUACCUCGUCGAGAAGAUCAUUGCGGGCAUCCUGUCGUAUUCAGCGUUUGCCGCGGCGACGGCGGCCGGUCCGUCUGUCGGUACAGGCCAGUCUCGUGCGACUUUGGUGCUGGAAAUCGUCAACUCGUGGGUCAUGAGUGUGCUGCGCCUCGCGUUUGGUGUCCUCGUAGCAUUCAAGUUGGACGAUGCCCUGGACAUUUCGUGGUGGGUCGCCUUCGUUCCCGUGUGGAUUUACACCGCCACGCUCGUCGUCCCGCAUGUGUUGGCCUACGUGCGCCACAAAAAGACGGCGCCAUCUACCAACAGCGCCGACGAUACUUCGGCAGGUCCUUCCCUCGGUGGCCUCUUGUGCUUGAUCGUUGGCACAUUGGUAUUCAUGUCGCCCUUCUUCAUCCUGGCCUACCGGUUGCAAUCGGGCGACUUUUCGUCCUUUUACGUGCUCUUGCCGUGGCUCAUCGUGGUCGGACUCGUCCUCCUGCCGUGGAUCCUCAUGGUGUUCUGCGGGCUCCUCUCGUGCUUUUGCCAGUGCUGUUGUAGCCAUCGUAGCCACGACGGCGGCGAAGAAACCAGCGACAAGGCCACCCCAAAGGCCAACCACGCCCCCACGAACCACGUCGUGUAGUAGUGUCGUGGCCUCCGACUGCGGCCGGAUAUCUUCAUCAUGGCACUGUCCUGGCCCAUGGUCACCCCUACCAUGCGUGCAAACAUCCCGACAUGAGAGUUCAAAUACGCUUUUAUAAGUUGAAUAUGGACGGCCGAUUCCUAGACCGUAGUUAUGGCGCUGCUUGGACCAGAGACAGCCGCGGCGACGGCGCCGUCAAUCGCUGCUGUG